UUAUCUACUGAAGAUUGUGUUGUAGUUAUGAGUGAACAACCUAGUGCCAGUGGGUCACAACCUGCCAGUUCCGAGACCAGUCAACGUCAAACCACGAAGCUCAGUCCGUUUGAAACAUCGAUUUUGGAAUAUGUACUUGCUGUCCAUGGCGAUGUGGGCACACGAAGAGCCUGUUUAAUUGCCCUACUGGUACAUGCCCAACUUUUGUCACGCGGUGCUCGCUUAUCAUCUUCAAACCGAGGCUCAUCCUCGCUCAUUGUAUCAUCAGCUCUGGACGGUGAUCCCAUUCGCUUGUCAUAUACCCUGGUCCCACGACCACAGUCGGAAACGCUCGCUUCCGCCGCAAGUCAGCUCCAACUGUCCGUGACAGAAACAGACGCGCAUCUGUUUAUUAGUCUCACAGAUACCGUAACAGACAAAUUUGGUCACUUGGAAAUCUCCGGAGUGGAACAUGUCUCAUUAGACGAUAGUAGCGUUCAGUGUGCAUCUGGAAAUCUGGUACACUUGUUUCCACAUUUGGAAGAAUUUUUACACCUCAUGGAUGAAAACGUUUGGAAGCCCGUUCUGCCAUCGCCACCACGUCCACGCAUUUCAGAGAGUGAGCGACGUAAAGACGUAAAGAGCCCGGGUCUGGAUGAGUUUACACCGCCAACCCAUCCAUCGAACUUGGGAGGAACUCGCCCCACAAUACCGGACUACCCAUUCCCCGAUUAUGGGCGCAGUGACCUGGACCCGAUUGGCGGUCUUGCAGGUCGUGGUGGAAUGAUCUUAGAUCCGAGAAGACCGUUCCUUGGUGGCGGAGCAUUUGGCGGUGGUGGCAGUUUCCUGGGUGGUCCGGACGUCCUACCCCCAGGAGCCGUACCGCCGGGAGCUCGUUUCGAUCCGUUUGGACCCGGAGUGGUCCCCGGAAGACAGCCUUUUGGUGGACGUCUGCCUCGAGGUCCAGAUCCAGAUCAUGCUCUACCUCCAGGAUUUGAAGACAUGUACAACUGA